ACGUCGCUGCGAUGACGUCACUUAAGGUCCGGUUUUUGGGGCGGGGCUUUCUUUGCGGCGCCCUUCAAAUCCCGUUCGGUCCCUCCGAGCCGCCAUUCCGGUAAACGUCUCUCCUCGGCCGCUUCCUCUCAUGCGCUGGCGGCACUUUCUGUGCCGAGCGUUCUCAGUUAUGACGGGACCAAGGCCAGUUGUCCUGAGCGGGCCCUCGGGUGCUGGGAAGAGCACUUUGCUGAAGAAGCUGCUGAAGGAUUACGAAAACGUCUUCGGUUUCAGCGUCUCCCAUACCACAAGGAACCCAAGACCGGGAGAAGUCAAUGGAAAAGAUUACCAUUUUGUGACUCGAGAAGAGAUGCAGAAGGAAAUCGAUGCUGGAGGCUUCAUUGAAAACGCAGAGUUUUCUGGGAACAUGUAUGGAACAAGCAAAGCUGCCAUCCAGGCGGUCCAAGCACAGAACCAAAUCUGCAUCCUGGAUGUCGACAUGCAGGGCGUGAAGAACAUCAAGAAGACGGACCUGAAUCCCAUCUACAUCUCCGUCCAGCCACCAUCCAUAGACGUCCUGGAAAAACGGUUACGGGACAGACAGACAGAAACAGAAGACAGUUUACAGAAACGGCUACAUGCAGCUCGUGUCGAUAUGGAGCUCAGUAAAGAGCCAGGUCUUUUUGACUUGGUCAUCGUUAACAACGACUUGGAAGAAGCAUAUUCUGAACUGAAAAGCGUUCUUGCUGACGAAAUCCAGAAGGCGCAGGGAUCCAAGAAAUCAUGAAGCCCAGCUGCUGGGACCUUGACGACAUUCCCGGUGUCUUUUGCUGCUUGUUGUUCCGCGUUAGAGAAAAAUAAAGACACUCACACACACACAUUCCCUUCCAGGACCCAUUUAGGGUACUUUCUAUUAAAGAAGAAAAGCUUCCAAACUCA